CGCGCCGGAGGGUGACCCGCCUGAGCCAUAGAGACGUGGGAGGCGGAGGCUAGACUGUCACCCUUUGCCAGUGACAUGGCCUGGGCAGGGCUAGAGCGCCCCGGCGACCAUAGAGACUGGGGGGCAGAGCGCCGCCGCCGCCGCGUCCUUUGCCUGCAGCCCGCCUCCGAGGCCGAGCGUCUCCUUCCUGCUGCCGGGCCCCAGCGUGCUCGGUGCCGGCGCCGCCAUGCUGCCCGCCGCCCGCCCCGUAGGGGGGCCCUGCCUGAGGGGGCUCCGGGCCGCCGCCCGCCUCCUGCUCCGGCAGCAGCUGCCGGGAGUCUGUGCUGUGAGGAUGCUGCGGACCAGCUGCCAGCGAAGGACAGAAGCCCUGGCCAGCGCCCCCUUGGAUAACGCCCCUAAGGAAUAUUCCCCCAAGAUCCAGCAGCUGGUGCAGGACAUUGCUAGCCUGACACUACUGGAGAUCUCGGACCUCAAUGAGUUGCUGAAGAAGACACUGAAGAUCCAGGACAUGGGGCUGAUGCCGAUGGGUGGAAUGAUGCCACCACCUGCAAUGCAGUCAGCCACUCAGGUAGCAGAAGAAGAAGAGACCCCCAAGAAGCAGGAGAAAAUUCAUUUCACUGUCAAGCUGACUGAGGUGAAGGCUGUGGAAAAAGUAAAACUGAUCAAGGAAGUGAAGAACUGCAUGCAGGGGCUGAACCUUGUCCAGGCAAAGAAACUGGUAGAGUCACUUCCACAGGAAAUCAAGGCCAAUGUAUCCAAAGAGGAAGCAGAGAAGAUUAAAGCAGCACUGGAGGCAGCAGGAGGGACUGUGGUUCUGGAGUAGAUGGCCCACUCAUGGCUGAGGGACUAGUGUACCUCCUGCCCAUGCGGGGCACCUGUCCACUGACUGUCGCAGGGUUCCUGUGCAUUUCCAGGGGGCUGAGAUCUGCCCUGCUUUUCUGCAGUGGGCUUUGCUCUGUUACGAUGGCCCUGCACCAGUGGGGUGUGUUCAGUGGGGGGGCUGACAUUUGUACCAGCACCGUAAUGAACUCUGAAUCUAUUAAAAAGGUGUGUGGGAGGGAAAGUCUGUGAACCAGUGAUGUGUAAAAGACCAGUCCUCCCCGAAGCCACUCACCAGACUGUGCACGCCAGCCAGCAGAGCUGCCUGAGGGUGGAGUGCACCCAUGCGCCAGCCCAUGUGGCUUUGUGCCACCGAAUAGGCCUGUCACUAGGCUGUGAUCACUGAUAUUUUCACCCCAUGUAUCUACUCUUUUUCCUGUCCCCCUCUUUCCAAUGGUAUCUUCCCAGGUGCCUUCUGUGUGUGGGGGGAGGGAAGUCCUGUGCUAAUGCAGGAGUUUGACCUUUCGCUGCAACUCAGACAAUCUCAAACUAGGCUGUGGCUAAUUAUUUACAGGUGAAUGGAUAAGGAGCUGAGGGAAGGGGUAUUUUUCU